AUGUCCUUCCCCUUCUACUCCCGUCGCUCGACCGUCUACUCGUCCCGCGGCAUGGUGGCGUCCACCCAGGCGCUAGCCAAUGCUGCAGGCGUCCGUAUCCUCGAAAAAGGCGGCAAUUGCGUGGAUGCUGCCAUUGCGGUUUCCGCGGCAUUAUGUGUUUCCGAGCCCACCUCCACCGGAAUUGGUGGUGACUGCUUUGCCCUCUAUUAUAAGAAGGGGCCCGCUGGCGGCCAGGUGUUGGGGCUCAAUGCCACUGGCAGAGCCGCCCUGGCGGUGACCAUCCAGGACGUGUGGGACCACCACAACCACGGCCAACCCAUGGCGCGCAUCCCCUACGAGUCGGUUUUCUCGGUAACAGUACCGGGAGCCAUCGCUGGCUGGCACGACGCCUGGCGCCAGUGGGGCUCCGGUACCGUGGCGUUCCACGAGCUUUUGCAGCCCGCAGUGGACAUGGCCCAGCGCGGUUUUCCCGUGGCGGAGGUGCUGGCGCACUUGUGGCAGCGAGGGGUGGCCAAGCUCCAGCGCCAGUCACCAGUACCCAACCCGUUCAUAGUGGACGGCAGAGCUCCCUACGAGGGCGACGUGGUCACUAACACCCCGGUGGCAGAGGCACUCAAGUUGAUUGGCCAGCACGGCAAGGACGCGUUCUACAAGGGACCCAUUGGCGACGCUCUCGUGGCGGAAACCUCCUCGCGAGGACACAAAUUGUCGCACCACGACUUGGCGUCCCACACCAGCACGUUCGUGGAACCACUCAGCGUGGACUUCUGGGGCUACCAGGUGUGGGAGAUUCCGCCCAACGGCCACGGGAUCGUGGCGUUGAUGGCGUUGGGAAUGAUCCAGACGUUACAUGACCAGGGAACCAUCGAUCUCACCAAGAUGGAGCACAACCUGGCAGAGUACCUCCAUGUGGUGGUGGAAGUGUGCAAGCUUGCGUUCUACGACUCCGACGAGUACGUCACCGACCCCCAAUUCCACGACAUUCCUGUGGAGCACCUUGUGAGCCGUGCAUACUUGCGCCAGCGGGCCAAGCAGUUUGCACCAGGCGCCGUGGUGGAACCUCCCAGCACCAUGCGCCACGCGGUGCCGAACCCCAGGCACCGCAGCGACACCGUGUAUCUCACUGUGGGCGACGCCAACGGCGAGGCGUGCUCGUUCAUCAACUCGGUGUAUCGCGGCUUUGGAAGCGGCAUCGUGGUGCCUGAGUAUGGGUUCUGUCUCCACAACAGGGGCGCCAACUUCAACUUGACGGCAGGGGCCCCCAACUCGCUCGAAGGAGGAAAACGUCCCUACCACACCAUCAUCCCCGGGAUGAUCACCAAAAACGGCGAGCUCUAUGCGUCGUUCGGAAACAUGGGCGGAUUUGCCCAGCCCAUCUGCCACGUCCAGCACGUCGUCAACAUGACUGUGUUUGGCAUGACGCCCCAGCAGCUGGUGGACGCGCUGCGGGUGGUGCUUAGCGCUUGGGAGGAUGAGGACGCGGGUGCCGCAGACUCCGGCCGCGGCGCCGAUGGGCCUGUCAGCACCCCUCGCACGGAGGUGCAUCUUGAGGCGGGAAUUGCGCCAGCCGUUGUCCAACAAUUGUCUAGCUGGGGCCACUAUACGAGGGAGGUCACGGGAUCUGCCCGCUCCACUUUUGGCCGGGCGCAAAUCAUCCAAAUGAGCACUCACCGCCAUGGCUUCACCUAUGCAGGAGGCUCCGACCCACGAGGCGACGGCGCUGCGGUGGCCCUCGUAUAG